AUGCUGAGCGGUCCCAGCAUCCACCGUAUUGGCCUUGCGCCCAUCGACGCUUUCAUCCGCCGCCCCCAGCCAAUGCAACAGGCCCUUCUCAUCUGGAGAGCCUGCACCGCCAACGAUCCAGUUCAAGAGGACGAUGUCGUUGCUGCGGAGGUUCCUACUGACGACAACACCCUAACUCGCCUCAUGCUCGUCGCCGAUAUCCCGCCGAUCGUCGCAGCGACAACAGUCUCCCAUCUUGCCGUGACUCCUGGCACAUCUACCCUCCAUCAUGAGUUCAUCAAUGCUCAAGGCAAGAACUCGUUCAUCCAUGCUUGCACCGCUUCCCCCGAGGUGCAGGCCACAAUGCCCACCAUCACCAAGACCAAGGUCGUCGUCGAGUGCGAGCCCGUUGAGGUUAUCACCCAUGAUAUUGAACCCUCCGUCGAGAACACGACCGGCUUGAUCAAGCCAACCCACUCGCGGACCGAUUCGACCUGUUCCGUUUCCUCCACUACCAGUAAUAGCUCAACACAAACCACGGAUAGCGUUUGGUCCAGUUCAACCACCACCACUGCAGUCUCUGGCACCUCGGAUACCCAAGAACUUUUCCCCAAGAAUGGCACCAAAGUCACUUCUCCCGUUCUCAUUCAUGGCGAUCUUGAAUGCUUCGCGAUACCAACUCUUCAGUUACCUCCCGUUACGCCCAUCGUCAUCGUGACGUCCCCCGAGGCUACCAUCACUGUCAUUCAUGACCAUCAGCAGCCUGACCAAAACACUGAAGACGACAACGACCCAAUCAUCGACUUUAUCGAAAACAACCUCGACGACAUUACUAAAGAUCAAUGGACUGAACUCAUGUACGCCUACGCCAGUCAACUACGGGAGGCCAAGCGCCGCCGCCGCCGCGAUAUGACAGACUGUCGCGAAGUUUUCCAACUUGCAGAUCUGACGCUGCCUCCUACGUCCCCCUCUCAGUGGCAGCCCAAGGGAAACUUUGAGACCCCAGAGAAGGACGAAGAUUUUAGCAGCUUUCAUCUGGACACUCUUCCCCCGUUCGAAGAGGAGAUCGAAGUUGCGGUGCAGUCGCAGACCGCGCAUGGUCAUUGUGAAGUCGGUACCGAGAUGAAGACGUCGCUUGUAUCGACCACCGCGAGUAUUUUUCCGAAGUCCAGCAUCACUCGAACACCUCUUCGGAAGUUCAAGGUUCGUGUUCGUAAAAGUGAGUCGUCUUCAAGGAAGUUCUGCAUCCGCUCCCACAACAGGCUUCAGCGUGAAAAUGCCGUCCAAUCCUGCCAUGUGCUGCCGCCUAUCAUCAUCACGGAGCCCGAGGAACCCGCCGGCGACCUCACCCACCAUCAGAAGGCAACCCAGUCAUUGUACCUUGAGGUGCCGGAGCUGAAGAAGACACGACAAGACUCUUUCACUUACAGCCUCGUCGAGCCAUCUUUGAUCCCAGAUGAAUAUACUGGCCCGAACUUCGCCCCUUGCUCGCCAGAAGGCAAGGAGAAGUGGCUGAACAAGUGGGCAGAGAAGGGUUAUGCCACCCGUAGAAGAGCAACCAUGUGGACUAUUGAUGUUCCAACCGCGAAAGAGGCGAUGCGGGUGGAGGACAAUCAAGUUUUCCUCCCUCCUGUUACCACGGAGACUCCUCGCGCACGCUGUGUUGACAACUAUGGUGAGGAUUAUGGCGGUACCUCGAAGACUCCUGAAUCAAGAGCAUCUUCAAAGCUCGACCAAUGGAGCGAAGAAAAGGAAGAGACGUUUGACGACCUUUAUGGCUGGGAGAAUGAGGGGAGAGUGACGGAACAGGAUCGCCAGGAAGAGCAGAAGGUACAUCAGGAUGAGGGCAUCAAGAACAGAGCGAGCAACCUGGGGAUCGGCAAGCCUACCUCUACCACCCAAGCACCGAUGAAGAUCUCGCCUAUUGAUUACCACGAACAAACCGCACUCGUUUCCGCCCGUUGCCAAAAACUGGGACCGGACAAGUUUGACAGAUGGUGCGAAGAGUAUGCGACUCCCAUCUCGGAAGCCAUUUGGGACGAGACCAGCACCGAUUUGGAAGAUUUUGUUGAAACAAACAGCGAGCCCGCCCAGCAACUGGAAGAGACUGUCGAUACCCCGCGACGCCACUCGUUCCCCCGUGACAAGUCUCCUAGGAGGUAUAUGAGGACCCGCCGGAGCUUGGAGCGUAAGGAGGAUGUUCUGACAAGGCUGCGCCAGAUGCGCUGCCGCCUUAAGCGUUGGGCGGAGAGGAGAGACAACAUGCGGUACGACGGGGACUUUGUCUUCAACUUCGAGAACCGGGAGUAA